CCUAGGCGGCUGCGUAAUGACAGGAGGAGGCGGCAGGUGAACGAUUAACAGCGUUCACUUUUCUCCGUCCCUCCUCUUUAACAAUAAAUAAACUGAAAGUUACUGUAAGCGGAGAUGUUCCGCAGUGACUGACGGGCUCCAGUUUACCCAUAAAAACCAUUAUUUCAUUCAAACUGUGCAUCAACACGAAAGCGCGCCGCGGGAGUUUGGACUUAGCAGGUCGGUCGAAGUGAGGGAAGGAACCUCGGAGCAGCAGCCAUGUUGUCCGGGGAAGAGAUUCUGUGUAGCACGCAGCAGGUGAUCGCAGGGCUGGAGGCGCUGAGAGGGGAGAACCGCAGCCUGCUGGAGAGCCUGCAGGAGGCGCUGGAGAGCCGGGCGGCGUCAGAGAGCCGGGCGGCGUCAGAGAGCAGCAGCGUCGAGCAAGAGAAGACCAGCAUCAUCCACCAGUCGCUGGAGAGGAUAGAGCUGGGCCUGAGUGAGGCACAGGUGAUGAUGGCGUUGUCAGCUCACCUCGGUUCUCUGGACGCAGAGAAACAAAAGCUGCGAGCUCAGGUUCGUCGUCUCUGUCAGGAGAACCAGUGGUUGAGGGAUGAGCUGGCUGGCGCUCAGCAGCGGCUGCAGGACACAGAGCAGGAGGUGGUCACCCUCGAGGAGCAGAACAGACACCUGCAGUUCAUGUCCUCCAUACGCAAGUAUGACCAGGAUGAGCCGCCUCUGGAUGACAAAGACACUUCCUCCAACAAAGAGUCUCUGGAUGACCUCUUUCCUGCCGAGGAUGAGGAGCAGUCUUCAAUGUCCCAGCCUCACCACAGCAGUGCAGCAGCUGCAGCCCAGCAGGGCGGCUACGAGAUCCCUGCCCGCCUUCGAACGCUCCAUAACCUGGUCAUCCAGUAUGCAUCCCAGGGACGAUAUGAGGUCGCGGUACCGCUGUGCAAACAGGCUUUGGAAGACCUGGAAAAGUCAUCUGGCCACACCCACCCAGACGUAGCCACCAUGCUCAAUAUACUGGCGCUGGUGUACAGAGACCAGAACAAAUACAAAGAGGCCGCCAACCUGCUGAACGAUGCUUUGGCCAUCAGGGAGAAAACUCUUGGGAUGGACCAUCCGGCUGUGGCAGCGACACUCAACAACCUGGCAGUGCUUUAUGGGAAAAGAGGAAAAUACAAGGAAGCAGAGCCACUUUGUAAAAGAGCUCUAGAGAUCAGAGAGAAGGUUCUUGGUACAGACCAUCCGGAUGUGGCCAAACAGCUGAACAACCUGGCUCUGCUGUGUCAGAACCAGGGGAAGUACCAGGAAGUGGAGCAGUACUACGAGCGCGCUCUGCACAUCUACCAGAGCAAACUGGGACCAGACGACGCCAACGUGGCUAAAACCAAGAACAACCUGGCAUCAUGUUAUCUUAAGCAGGGGAAAUACAGACAAGCUGAAGCUCUUUACAAGGAGAUCCUGACCAGAGCGCAUGAAAAGGAGUUUGGGUCUGUUGAAGGUGAUGGCCGUCCCAGCUGGUCCGGCGUGGUGGAGGACGGCAGCUCCACACAGGAUGGACUGAAGCGCAGCGGCUCCUUCACCAAACUCAGAGAGUCGAUAAGGCGAAGCAGCGAGAAACUGGUCCGAAAGCUGAAGGGAGUCGGAAUGGAGGAAACGACCCCAAGGAAUGCUGGGAUGAAGAGGGCAAACUCUCUGAAUGUUUUGAACGUUGGCGUCAGAGAAAGUCAGGAUGGCAGCAAGUCGAGUCAGCUGACGGAUACUCGAGGCCUGAGCUCCAGCACUCAGAGUCUGUUGAGAAGAGGCUCACUCGGUGGGAACAGCUAACACAAAAAAACCAAUAUCCCCUAUAAACGCAACACCUCUCAAAGAUAACAGACGUCACGUACGAUCGGUACAGAGCAGUGUGUUUAAUCGGUGUGUGAACAUCAGGCCUGAGUGGAUUCAUCAUUUUUAGUCUUCAAGGAAAAAAGAUAAUUAACUCGACUAAGAUGCUUCCAAAAAUCUGACUUUUAAAAUUAGUUUUUUUCAUUCUAAAAACAGAUAAUUUCAGUUUUUUUUCUUUAAAAGAAAAAAAAAAACAUAAUAGAGGGCUGGGUCAUGUGAUGAAUUUUAACUUGACAUUAUCUGAAUUGCACUAUGACAUUUCCUUCCGGAUCACUUGAAGUUUUAAAUCCCGUCAUUCCUGGUUUUAGGUUCAGUUUUAUCAUUUCCAGUUAACUUUUAAGUUGAUCUUGAACUUAAACUCAUAGGACCUGGCGUCCACAUGUGUGGACAUCACAUUUUGGGUUGUCUAGACCACAAUACUAAAUUUUCCCCCAAUCAGCCCAAAUAGCAAAGAGAAAUUAAAAAUGCAUGCCAUGAAAGAGUUCGGGUCUUAGGAGGUUAAUUUUAAAUUGUGCUAAAAUCACUUUAAUCUAGUUUAAAUGCAUUUCCCCUGCAGACUGUGUUUUUACACAGAUAUGACCACAUUACACUAAGGAAAAAAAGCAAUCUGUAGUUUAACAUUUGAACUAUGGGAAAUUUUAAGACACUUCACUUGAUGCUUUGAUACUAAAGAUCAUAUUUUUUAAAUGGAGUUGUUUGUAAUUUGAGAAGCAGCGCGGGGAUGUAAAGUGUAAUUUUACGUUUGAGGAAGAUAAGCUAUCAAAGUUUACACAGUUUAAAGUAAAAAAAAAAAAAAAGGUAUUUGUAUUUUGCCUUUAAAAUGUGCUGGUCAUGUAUAAUUUAUAUUGUUAGACUGCUGUGUUAUUGGACCAGACGUCCUGCUCGGACAUGAUGAAAAUAAGGAACAACUUUAAAAAAACAAAAAACAAGUAGGAGCAGUUUCAGGAUUCCAGCUGUUGGUUUGCACCUUGUGAAAACAAAUAGUCUUUACAAAAGCAAAUAUUUAACUUAGUACUUUUUACAGUCAGUACUUUUGCACAUAUGUACAUAGGUAAUAUCUUCUAACUGCUUAUGGAUGUAAAUCAUUCUCUAAGUUCAGUAUUUAUUGAUUAUCUGUUUGUUAGAUUUUGAAUUUCAGAUGUGUAAAAGUCUCCCUAAGUUUGUUGCUGUGUGCCCAAACAUCAGCUUUGGCCUGAUUAUUUUAAACUGGUUUUCAAGGUUGAGAUGAAACUCUUUACCGAAAGCCGCCGUGCAGAUUUAUAAAAUGUUUCAAAGGCAAAGCACAAGAACAAGUAGUAAAAAUAGCAGCGGCGGUACAGCUUUGCAGCUGAGUUGAAAAUGUUUCUGGCAAACAUCACUGAUGAGAAUCAAAACACAGCCAACGAGUAACAAGAGAGCAAAGGAGGGGACGGGUGGAUCGCUCAGCAGCCGAGUGAUACAUAAAUACGAUGGUGUAUUCGAGGCUUUCACUCCACGCUGGUAGAAGUAGCUUAAAGUAGCAUUAUCAACUACUGAGGUAGCCUACGUUUAGAUAUUGAGGUAUUCUUCUAAUGUUACAUCUGUGCUUUUCACUGAAAUGCCUGAACUCGACUAAUACAAAAAGAUUCAAAUAAUGUGGAAUGUCGUUUUACUUUCUGAUAUUUAUUAGAGAUAUUUUUUUAAACUAGUUGAACUGAAGAUUUGUUACAAACAAGUUUUACACAAACUCCCUUAACACCUGAGAAUUCUGAUAACAGACUGGGUCCCUAAGAGCAGCAUAACCACCUGAUCCAUGAAGGUUUUUAUUUCAUGAGACUCGUAGGAAUCUUGUUUUGCAUUUGCUGUGGUAGAAAAUAGCCACUGCAGUCUGUUUAAAGGGCUGAAGUCGCACCGUGUUAGCUGCUGUGAAACGACAGUCUGUUACAAGCUGAGUGAAGCACAUGUAAAAAUGUGGAGGAGAGAACAUGUAGAAACUGGUAAAGAUGAAUAUUUGUUUUAUAUUUGCAAAUUUGACCUGUAAUAAAUUAAACUAAGACACUGAUAA